AUGCCCCCUUUGUACUACGAGAAGGCUAUUCUCCGUAGCUUUGUUCCCACGUGGAGAGAAAAUCUAAUUCUUUACCUUAAAAAUGGAUCUCUGGACAAAAAAACGUGCCCAAAUUUAAAUGAAAUACUGGGAACAAGUUCUAGAACAGACUCUGAGUUCCAUAAUGGACUGAUUAUAGUAUCUUCAGGAGUAAACAUAGACAGACUGUUGUUUUAUCUCUUAUUUUAUAUAGCAAAUCCCCUGCACGUGUACGAAUAUGACGGAUUUUCAGAAAAUAUUAAAGACUGUUUCAAAGAUAAUGCACUUCUGGAAGAGGAAUUAAAACAGGAGUGCGAAAGUUUACUUGAUAAUUAUGAUAAAACGGAAACGUAUGUAGAAUCUAAAAGGAACUGUCACACAAAAAUAACAUCAAAGAAAAGGAAAACAUAUGAAAUAACAAAUAGAGUGAAGAAGGAGUUUGAGCCGAGUGUUACGGAGAAUGAUAAAUCGUCAUUUAGACAAGAAUGGGAAAGUAGUAGCCAGGACAGGGAAAAGGUGGAUGAGCUAUACGACUGCCCGAGUUUAGCAAUCAAAAACUCGAAACUGAGUUUGAAAUCUAAUGCAACCUAUCGCAAAAUAUUUAGCAUGUGUGAGCCGGCGAAGCCUGCGAAAAUAUGGGAGCGCUCAUUCCUGUUCACGGACGUGAAGGUCCAGGCGACUGUGACGAUGUACACGCACCUGGUCUUCAUUUUGGGAUUUGAGCAGUCAGACUUCGAAAACUACCAGAUCAUGGCCAGAGACAUACUGGGAAGGCUGUUCGUGAGGAACGCGAGAGCCUGUAAGGUCAGUUCAGGAGACUCCCUAGGCGCUGCAGGUGAAGGGGAGGAGGAAGCCGACAGCUGUAUCAGGCUGCCGAAGCUGGAUUACAUAGACGGGAACGUGUUGGCAACAGCACGCCAGCAACUGUACGUCAACGGAGGAUGCUACGUGAUAAAUAGCAGAAUACUGCUGAACGACCUGCUGAGCGGGAAGAUACUGCCGGAGAUAAUAGGAGGAAUCGUGGUGAUGAACGCACACCAGAUCAUGGAGGAGUACAACAUAGCCUUCGUAGUGCGGCUGCUGAGAAUGAGAAACAAGCUGGCGUUUGUGAAGGCAAUAAGCGACAGCGUGGCGAACUUCAAGGGAAACAACCUGAGCUUCUGCCUGAAAAACAUAUUCACGAAAAACGUGCACAUAUACCCGAGGUGCCACCACCUAAUCGAGUCGGUGCUGAACGACAGCCAGAUACAGCCGCUGACGUUCGAAGUGUUUCUGCCGCUGAGCGAUAACGCGACGAGCGUGUACAAGAGCAUACUGAAGAUGAUAUGGACAGUUGUGGAGAGCAUGAAGAGACUGAAGUACGACAUAGACAUGAACAAGGUGGUGUACACGACGUACAAGGGGUUGAUCAAGAUCCUGGACAAGCAGGUGACGAACGUCAACGUUUACCAGCUGUACCUUAACACGACCUCGGGAGGAGGAAGCCAAACGAGCACGAGCAGCAGCAGCACGAGCGGAGUGAGCUACUACAUAGACACGCUGCUCAAGUUCAGGAUUCUGCUGGACAGCCUGCUCUACAUGGACCCGAUCAGCUUCGUGGAGAAGCUGGAGAGAAUGAAAAACGACAACCCGGACUGGCUGUGCACGCCGAACGGAAUAAAGCUCUUCAAGAAGUCAAACGAGAGGCUGUUUAAAAUCGAUGAGGACAACAUUGACCUGAGCAUAGAGAAGAAUUUGAAAAACGAAUACAUAAGGGGGCUGUUUCAGCUGAAGUUGACAAACGAGCAGCUGAUCCAGAUGCUGAAAAGCAAUUUCAAGUUCCACUAUCAGAAGAGGAACAAGUACAGAUGCCGCAGAUACCAUAACCAGAGGGCCAGAAAGCAGAACCUGUCGGUGGAAUAUCGGAGAAGGAGGCUCGUGGCGACCGAGGCGAGUCACCUGGCGUACCUGACGAGCUACUUCAAGGCGGGGAAGAAGCUGAGGAGGAACGUGCUGAUCGUGGUGGAAAACUACUACCUCGUGGAGUACCUGACGAAGUAUUACAAGUACGACGUGCACAUGAGUAAGCUGGUGCAGCUGAUGCAGAUUAACCUGGCGACCGAGUCGGGCGUGGUCGAGGGAGCGGCAGCGAGCGCCAAGUCGAGCGGAGGGGAAAGCUUCAGCGCAGAGUACUACAGCAACAUCAACAAGAGCAUCCUGAGCAACAACAACAUAUGGAACCUGUACAGGCACCUGGUGAACACGAACGCGACGCCCUUCGAAAUAAGCAGCAACAGCAGCUUCAGCAACACGCAGGGCUCGAACGUUAACUCAAAUACGCAGGCGGAGACGAACCCGGACAGCGAAAACGCGGCGCUGAGCACAGGAGAGUGCGCCGGGCCGGAGAGCAGAGGAAGCGCGGAAAACCAGAGGCAGUCCGAGCAGGAGGGCGACGACGAGCUCAUGGACUACCUGGACAUCAACGUGGACUUCGACGACUACGUAUUCAACAGCAUCAACGUGAUCAAGUCAUUCAGCACGGUUAACGCGGGCAAGAUCGACAAGUACGACAGGCUCAUGAGCACGCUGCUGAGGCUUAACCCGUGCAUUGUGAUCAUCUACGCGCCGAACGUGCACGUCUUCAGAGUGAUCGAGAACUACUGCGCUCUCAAGUUCAGCAGGCCCGCGCUCUACAGGAAGCGCCUUAACUUCCUGCAGGUGCACAUCCUCUCGCUCAGGGACUGCCUCGAGACGCACAGGUUCACGAAGUCGCUGAAGGCCGAGCUCGACGCCUGGUCGCAGGUGCAGACGCAGAAGAAGUCGCUGGUGGUGCGCAUGGACGAGGCGCUGCUGGUGAACAAGCGGAGCUUCGUGGGCCAGACGAUCGUGGACACGCGCGAGCUCAACAGCAAGCUGCCCUUCUUCCUCUUCAACGCAGGCCUGCAGGUGAUCUCGACGGUGCUCGAGAUUGGCGACUACCUGGUCACGCGGGACCUGUGCAUUGAGCGCAAGAGCCUGUCGGACCUGUACACGUCUCUGAACUCGGCGAGGCUGUCAAAACAGCUGAGCGAAAUGUGCAGCGCCUACGAAAACCCGUUCCUGCUGAUAGAAUUCGAUGAAAAUGACAAGUUCCACCUCUCGUCGGUGGGUGAGGGGAGAUACGGACACAAUUACAUAUAUGUAAAGCUAGUCAUCACCUGCUGCAACUUUCCCAAAUUGAGGCUAAUAUGGUCCUCGUCUCCACAGGAAUCUGCAAACAUAAUUAGGCACCUAAAGAUUAAUCGCAGUGAGCCGGACCUGAUAACCAAUGAAUACCUCGUGAAGAAUUUCAGAAACAAGUCUGAAAAGGUGGCUGCGACUGAUACAGAGUCCCUGUCUCCGCAAGGUAAGCCCGAAUCCUUAGGCCUACGCCGUCCCGAGUUUGUGAAGAACAGGGACGCCCUCAAGAUUUUGCGCAGCAUCCCGGGAGUCACUACCCAUAACAUAACCCAAAUUCUCACCAAUGUUAGUCGUCGAUUAGUUACCGGCCUAGACGUGCACUUAUUUAUUUUCUAUUUAUUCAUGUAA